AUGGUUGGCUCGAUCGAUUAUGAUAUCACGAAAGAGCACUCUACACCCGGAUAUAUUUGCCCUCAGAUACUAGGCAAGGAAGAGCAAAGAAAGAAUGGUGCAUAUCAAUCAUUCUUCGCCUCUCCUAAUGCUAGCCUGGUCGCCAUAACUGAAAUUGGAAAUUUCACUUUAAAGGAUUGGAUGUCGAUAUUGGAUAUUCAACUCCGAAGAUCGAGAGUAAGUGAGCGCGAAACAGAGAAUGGAAGAAAGAAGGGAGAAGAUGGAGGGAAAGAGAGAGAGAGAGAGAGUUGA